AUGACAAUCAUUAAAUGCGUCUUAUUAGUAAGCAAUGCUGGUUCGAGUUGGGGAAUAUCUUCAAUAUUUGGCGGAAAUGACAAUCAUACAUCACCUAAAGAGAACUCGACCAGCAAUCCAUUUAAUGAACCUGUUCAAAGCAUGGAACAGAGAAUGUCGAUGAUCCAUUUGAGAGAGCCCCCUAGUGUGUUGAGGUCGUCAGAACCUGACUCAGACGAAAAGACCAUUGAGAUUACUGCUACAAAGUUGUUACUGAGGUCGUAUUAUGAUAUUGUGCGGAAAAGCAUUCAGGAUUACGUACCAAAAGCCAUGCAUUUUCUGUGGAUAGAUUUGAGUGGAGCAUGUUUCCAAGAGGCAAAGUGGUACCACAAUGGAUAUACACCAAGCCUGGAAGAAUAUCUGAGCAACGCCAAGACUUCAAUAGCAGCUCCUAGCAUAAUAUCCCAACUCUAUUUCACAUUCCCAAACUCCACCGACAAAAUGGCCAUCCAUCUCUUGUACCAAUAUCAUCACAUUCUUUACUUAUCAGGAAUGAUUUUAAGGCUUGCUGACGAUCUUGGGACAGCUCAACACGAGCUGAAGAGAGGUGACGUGCUGAAAGCAGUCCAGUGUUACAUGAAGGAGAGAAAUGCUUCGGAGAAAGAGGCGCAAGAACACGUGAGGUUUCUGAUCCGGGAGGCGUGGAAGGAGAUGAACACAUUUUAGUUCUGGCGCUGGCCUAUAUCCAACCAUUGAUAUAUAAGUCUCCAGUAAUGCUUCAGGACAAAUUUUAUAACGAGGCGCAUCCAUAUUUUUGCAGAUCUAGUGCGGUGGACAGGCAAUAUUCUUUACUUACAUCUUAGAACGACUA